GGAUACCUUCCCAUUUACGGUAAACUACGGCUGACAUUGCAGCCUGCGAAAACGACGGUGCAUUCCAUUUCCACCAUUCGCGGGGUGUCAGUUAUGCCAAUCACUGAGGAUUGCCUGUAGCCUCGGUCCUUCUGCGGCUCGUCCGUUGUACUCCCACCCAACCCAUAUCUCAACCGGACAAGAUACAAGCUCAAGCUACGUGGAUGGAAGACUCCAUCCCGUUGUCUGUGCGGAACUAGCGGUGCUGUAUUUUCGCUUCAUCCAUAAUGUGAUGAAUACCAUCUUCCAUUCGGCCAGCUUCAUGCGACGACUCAGUGAGGGAUCCGAGUCCAAGAUCGUCGUCUAUGCAAUCUGUGCCCUUUCUGCACGAUACUCGCACCACCAAACCCUGAAAGCCACUCUACCCCCCGAGCGAGGGAAGAUAUAUGCUGACGAAGCCUUCCGCCUUCUACAUCCCAAGCUUGUCAUUCCCAGUCUGGAAACAGUCCAGGCAUGUCUCCUUUUGGGCCAAUUUUUGGGAGGUGAAGGGGAGUACCGAACCAAACAUAUCUACGUGGGCAUCGCCCGUCUUCACGCCGAAGUAAUUCGGCUGUGGGAGAUACCUGACGACCUCCCGGUUGUGGCUCGCGAAGAGCGCCGUCGUACCUGGCUUACCGUCCGCAUAUCCUACCAGUGGAGUGCGACAGAUAUGGGCACAGAGCCGAUCGCCGUGCCCUGCAGCCAGCUCAGUUUGCCCUGCGUUGACGACUUUUCUUUCCAUAACGGUCCCGCAGCCGGCCUGCAAGAAGGCAUUGGCCCCACUAGACCACAAUACGGACUGUGGUGUCAAAUGGCUGGCACGCUGGAGAUAUUCGAUAAGGUCACCUGCCUGCUUCGACAGCUCAGCCAGCGCGACGGUAUCACCUUUGCCACCUACUGCAGUGAAGCUCCGCUCUUGGCCCAGCAGCUCAGACAGUGGGCCGAUAACCUCCCGGAGACUCUGCAGUACUCGAUGUCCAAUUUGCAAACCCUCUCAGAACUGGGCCUGGGAAGGACAUUCUUAGCCAUGCACAUCGGAUACCACCAUUUCUACCAGAUGUUACACUUCCCAUUUUUAGAUGUUUCGGUGGCCCCGGGGUCGACACAAUUCGCUCUGGGGACCAGCUUCUUCCGCGACGGGGCUCUGAAGUGCAAAAACAGCGCCAAUGUGGUAUCGGAAAUUGUCCAGACUGCGUCCACUAGGAAGGACUGCGAGCUACUUUGCCAUCUCUAUGCACACAUUACUGUGGUUAGCUCUUGCGUCCAUCUACAUACGCUCCUGCUCGGUGAAGAUGGAGAAGAACUGACAAUGGCUCGAGAGCGCCUGCUUUUGAACUUCCGCUAUUUGAUGAUUCUCAAGGCGUACUGGCCAGCUGUGGACCGUUCUGCCCACCGGUUACGGGUCUUCCAAAACCUUUGCCGGGAUUCCAUUUCCAAUCCUUUUGCUUUGGAUAAUUGGAUGGCGCGAUUUCUGACAGAGCCAACCUCUAUCAUUGCUGAGCGAGAGGACACGCAGAUCGCUAUUCCGCCCGCGGACCAGCCGCAGAUUUCUACUCUCUCGCAGUCUACCAAGGAUGCAAGUGGGAUAGCUAUAACCACCGACACUGCCGACCUCUCAAGCGAGUGGUCCUUGAACACGGUACCGGGGUUCGAUUCAGAUUCGAACAUGUUUUCCUUGCUACUCAACGAUCGCGACUUGACUACCGAGGACCUGGUAAAUAAUUCUCUUGAGUGGUUACUAGAAUAAAGCAAAAUCUAGUAUACACAGUUCCUAGACCGCCAAUAGUCACGAGGCCCAGGCCUGAAGCCUGGUACAGCGCGAAUAUUCACACCACCUUUUCCAAAUGGAUUGGCUGCACAGAUUUCUCUUCUCCCUCCAUCUGGUCGAGGUGUGCAGUGGCCAAAGUAUCGCCAAACAGCUCUGCGAUUUCCUCGAGCGAUUUGCCACCGGUCUCGGGCAAGAAGAAAUAGUAUACAAACGCCGCGGCAAAAUUGGUCGCAAUGAAGAGCGCGUAGUACUUCCAUCCGACAUUUUCAAGGGCUACGGGGGUAAUCUGGGAUAAGAUGAUGGCCGAAACCGACUUACUGAAGACGCCCAGGCCCAUUCCCGCCGACCGGAGGAUAAAUGGGAACAAUUCCGAAGGGAUUACCCAAACCAUGGCAUUGAAGAAAACGGCAUACCCUGCGGAAUAUAUGAAGAUCGUGGCGAUGGCGCCACGGGGGCCGUUCACGUUGGUCGUACCCGAUCCAUAGAUGGCCGAUAACGCCAUGCAGAUGGCGACCAUGACGCAUAGGAAAAUCGAUCCUACCCAUAGCGUGCGGGUUCGAGGCCACUUGUCGGCUACGACGAAAAGGUAGAUCAGCUGGCCUAUCACGCCCAUGAUGCCGUACACGCCACUGAUAAGUAGGGAUGUUUUGCCGGUGAAGCCCACGGCUUCGUAAAAUAUGCUUUGGUAAUUCUGGAUGACGGAGGAGCCGCUGAAUUGGCCCAUUAUGAGGAUGAAGCAGGCUAACGAGGUGCGGCGGAUAUGACGUCGUGAAAGCAGCUGUCGCAGGGCGGAGUAGAAGCUUGUGCCUGCCAAUGCUUCCAGUUGGAUCUGUUCUCGUAUCUGGAAUAACUCUUGGGCGACAAGAGUUUCAUUGUCUUUACCAUGUAAGGCGACUAGGACCGUGCGAGCUUCCUCAUACCGUUCUUGUUGAACCACUGUUAUCCGCAAUUAGCUCUCUUCAAGGGAACGAUAUCGGCCAAUGGAGAGAGGGGCACAUACACCACCGAGGACUAUAGGGAAUGAAGCAGCAGCCAAUUACCAGGAGAAGCGGACCCGGAAUCUGCAUUGCCAGCGGGAUACGCCACUGGGCAUUACCAUUUGCAUAUGCACCGCCAUAUCCAAUCCAGUUGGCAGUGAAAAAUCCGAUAGCGAUCAUCAUGCCCUGCAGACCAACGACCAUACCACGGUUUUGUGGUGGUGACGCCUCCGCGAUAUAGAUCGGAACGACGGUCAGGAGGAUUCCACAGCCAGCACCAGCGAAGAAGCGCCCGGCAAUCAUCAUACCAGCGUUUAUCGAUGCGCUUUGUAACGCCGCGCCGAUUAUCGCUAACCCGGAUGUUAGGGUCGGAUCCACGUGAGUUGUCGUGCUGGACGCAUGAACGACAAGAAAAAGAGGGAACCCUCACCUAUAACAGCACUACCACAGAUUGUCCAUCGUCUACUGAAUUUGUUGGCUGAGUACCCUGCCGCAAAGGUGCCAAUAGCCUGGCCGACGUUGUACAAGGACACAAUAGCGCCUGUUCCAACAUAUCUGGAUUAGUCCAUUGAAUCUCCUAUCCAGGCAAGGCUGAUAUGUUCGACAUACCAGUCAGCGGAGCAUUCAUGCCCGUGGGACCCAGCAUGUAGAAUUUGAAGCUGUCGUGGCCAAGUGUAGUAGCGAUAAUUCCUGGUCCCAUUGUCAGC